GGCUUCUUCAACCGGGUGAUCUAUGACUCAUGCGGGACGGAGAGGAGCACGAAGAGCUCCAGACCCCUCACUUCCACCAGCAGCUGCAGGACUUCAAGCCACCCUCCUGGUCUUACAAGGUUAUGAACGAUUAAUACAAUGAGCAAGAGAAAGACUAAGGACAGGAGCCUCCCUAUUGGAGAAUGUAUUGGGCAGGUCCAUGCCAUCCUACGGCAAAGGUUUCUGCAGCAAAGUCACCAUGGAAGGAAAUUUGGGGUAAAAUCACAGCACAAGCACUUAGUAGAGCUUCUGAAAAGAACAGUGAUUCAUGGUGAGAGUAACUCUGCACUGAUUAUUGGUCCCCGGGGAUCAGGAAAAAGCAUGCUGUUAAAGGAUGCCUUACAAGAAGUUCUGGAAAUAAAUCAAAUAAAAGAGAAUGCGUUGCAAGUCCUUCUUAAUGGUCUCUUGCAAACCAAUGAUAAGAUUGCUCUGAAGGAAAUUACCAGGCAACUCAAUUUAGAAAAUGUGGUUGGGGAAAGAGUAUUUGGAAGCUUUGCAGAAAACCUUUCUUUCCUACUGGAAGCUUUAAAAAAAGGUGACCGAACAAGUAGCUGUCCGGUGAUGUUUAUAUUAGAUGAGUUUGACCUGUUUGCUCAUCACAAAAACCAGACCCUGCUUUAUAAUCUUUUUGAUAUUGCGCAAUCGGCGCAGACUCCUGUAGCUGUCAUUGGUCUGACAUGCCGAUUGGAUGUCAUGGAGCUUCUUGAAAAGAGAGUGAAAUCUCGGUUUUCGCACCGGCAAAUACAUUUACUGAACUCCUUUAGCUUCUCGCAGUACUUGGAGAUGUUUCAGAACCAGCUUUCACUGCCUCCUGACUUCCCUGAUUCACGGUUUGGCGCAGAGUGGAAUAAAAACAUUGAGAGCUUAAGAGGAAACAAGACCGUGGAAGAAGUUCUUCAGAAACUGUUCAACUCUACCAAAGACGUGCGGUCCUUGCACAUGCUUCUGCUUCUUACCUUAUGCCGCAUAAAUGCAUCUCAUCCUCAGUUGAAUGCUGGCGACUUUCUUGAAGCAUUUAAGCUCCGAAGUAUGGAUUCCAAAGCAAAUCUUUUGCAUGGUCUGUCUGUCCUAGAGCUGUGCCUUAUUAUAGCCAUGAAACACUUGCACGACAUUUAUGACGGAGAGCCAUUUAACUUUCAGAUGGUCCAUAACGAAUUUCAGAAGUUCGUUCAGAGAAAGGCUCAUUCUGUGUAUAAUUUUGAGACCCCUAUUGUAAUGAAGGCAUUUGAACAUCUGCAUCAGCUGGAGCUGAUUAAACCUAUGGAAGGCCUGUCUGUCCGCGCACAAAAGGAAUACAGACUCAUGAAGCUACUUCUAGAUAACACCCAGAUCACAGAAGCUCUCCAGAAGUACCCCAACUGCCCCACAGAUGUUAAGCAAUGGGCUGUGUCCUCAUUAAGUUGAGGGAGCGUGUUAAGAGUAUUUCAAAUAGUUUUUGUAAUAAAAAAAAAAAAAAAAUUAUACAUAUAUAUGUUUUGAGAUCAAUAAACUUUAAUAUUGACAUUAUUUACAAAUGUAAUAUUUGAUUCUCCUUCCCAAUCCAAAGGUUUUAUAUAAAUAUACCUCACUCCAUUUUGUGUGCUAUUUCUGCAUGUUCACACUGGGCUGUAUUAUUAAAAGGCGAUUAAGGGCAAAGCGCUAUCUAUGUUUGAACCACCUUUGUAGAUUUUGCUAGUUUUGUGGGAGGGACUGUAAGAAACACACCAGAUUGUAGCUCUAAACUAUGAAAGAGUCCGUUUGAGUUGGUAGGAACUUGUAUUGCGUGUGCCCAACUUGCCUGCGCAUGAAAAAUGAAACUAUUAGGGUUAUU